AUGCCUGGGGUUACAGAUACUCGCCGAUCGGUGCUCAUCACAGGAUGCUCUCCCGGCGGCAUUGGGAACUCGCUCGCGCGUGAGUUUCAUCGCCGGGGCCUGCGCGUGUUUGCGACCGCCCGGAGUGCUACCACCAUUUCAGACUUGGCCGACGUUGGCAUCGAGACCCUAAGUCUGGUGGUGGAUGACACAGACAGCAUCAAGAGCUGUUUUGCGGACGUAGAGUCCAGGCUUGGAGACAAGGACUACACGGUCCCGGCCAUGGAAGUUGAGUUGGACGAGGUCCGGAAGACCUUUGAGACCAACGUCGUCGCCGUCAUCGCCAUGUGCCAGGCAUUCCUGCCACUCCUGAUCAAGGCCAAAGGCACAAUUGUCCAGAUUGGAUCUGUAGCUGGGAUCAUCCCGUAUGUCUUUGGAUCCGUUUACAACGCCUCCAAGGCCGCAUUGCACUCGUUCAGUGAUACUCUUCGUGUGGAGCUGGCUCCAUUCGGCGUCAAUGUCACCACUAUAGUCACCGGUGGCGUCCAGUCUCGAAUCGCACGUACCGAGCGGACUCUCCGGCCGAAUUCGAUGUACUCUCCCAUCGAGGCCGAGUAUAACCGCCGCGUGACGCACAGUCAGGAUGGCGCCAUGCCUCAUGAGGCCUAUGCUCGCAGCGUGGUCGCGCAGGUGCUGUAUGGAUCGGCGCCGUGGCGCUGGUUGUGGCCGUGGGCGCGUGGGCGCAAGAGUUGGGUCUGGGAGGGCAAUCGCAGCUGGGUGAUCUGGUUCCUUGCUGGAGGCUGGGCGUGGUCCGGGCUUUUUGGUCGGCUUAUGACCAACAUGUUUAAGUUGUACAAGCUUAAGGGCGUGCGCAAAUGA